GCACGCCCGCAGUGGCCACGGCAGCAGUACCGAGGUCUCUGUCUCUCUCCUUUGCAUUCUGCAGCCUCCGCUCUUCCGAUUCUUCCCCUACGUCCCCUGGAGAUUUUUUUUUUUUUUUUUUUUUUUUUUUUUUUUUUUUUUUUUUUUUUUUGUAAGAGGAGAGGGCGGGGUAGGUGUCAGUCUCCUCCUCCAGCUCCCCCCCACCCCCCGUUUGAAUUUCUUCCCUCCGGCAUUUCACUGGCUCCCAGAGCUAGAGCCCAGACCUGCGCGGGGCGGAGAGCAAGGUUGAGACCCUCCUGCUGCUGCUUCAAGCCUGCAAGAGCUGGAGGCUGGAGGGGAGAGAGGGGCCAGGAGAGAGCAAACAGGAGGGACUUGGCUUUUGCUCGCUUCUGAGGACAGCGCGUGCCCCUUGGAGAACCCCACGGAGAGACGGACAGCAUCUCCGCAGCGAGCUUGUGGAGUACCGCGGGCCGGCAGGCGAAGGAUGCUGGAGGCUCGGCGAGCCGGCUGCAGGGCAGCGCUCUCCCUCUGGAUUGUCAGCAGCUUCCUCUGCAGAGCCUGGACGGCUCCCCCCAUGUCCCAAAAAUGUGAUGAACCGCUUGUCUCCAGUCUCCCCCAUGUGGCUUUCAGCAGCUCCUCAUCUAUGUCCAGCAGCUAUGCCCCUGGCUAUGCCAAGAUAAACAAGCGAGGAGGUGCUGGGGGUUGGUCCCCAUCAGACAGUGACCAUUAUCAGUGGCUUCAGGUAGACUUUGGUAAUCGGAAGCAGAUCAGCGCCAUUGGAACCCAAGGGAGAUACAGUAGCUCAGACUGGGUGACACAGUACCGCAUGCUGUACAGUGAUACGGGGAGGAAUUGGAAACCCUACCACCAGGAUGGGAAUAUCUGGGCUUUUCCGGGAAACGUCAACUCCGACAGUGUGGUCCGCCACGACCUGCAGCACCCGGUCAUCGCCCGCUAUGUGCGUGUGGUGCCGCUGGACUGGAGCGCCGAGGGCCGCAUCGGGCUGCGGGUGGAGGUCUACGGCUGCGCCUACUGGGCUGAUGUUAUCAACUUCGACGGUCAUGUUGUUUUGCCAUAUAGAUUCAGAAAUAAGAAGAUGAAAACCCUGAAAGAUGUCAUUUCCCUGAAGUUUAAAACUUCUGAAAGUGAAGGGGUGAUCCUCCACGGAGAGGGGCAGCAAGGGGACUACAUCACACUGGAACUGCAAAAAGCCAAGCUGGUCCUCAGUUUAAACCUAGGAAGCAACCAGCUUGGACCCAUCUAUGGCCACACAUCUGUGAUGACUGGAAGUCUGCUGGAUGACCACCACUGGCACUCUGUGGUCAUCGAACGGCAGGGCCGUAGCAUCAACCUCACUCUGGACAGGAGCCUGCAGCACUUCCGCACCAAUGGAGAGUUUGACUACCUGGACCUGGAUUAUGAGAUAACUUUUGGAGGCAUACCUUUCUCUGGAAAACCAAGUUCCAGUAGUAGAAAGAAUUUUAAAGGCUGCAUGGAAAGCAUGAACUACAAUGGAAUCAACAUUACUGACCUGGCCAGGAGGAAGAAAUUAGAGCCAUCCAAUGUGGGAAACCUGAGUUUCUCGUGUGUGGAGCCCUACACGGUGCCAGUCUUUUUCAAUGCAACCAGUUACCUGGAGGUGCCUGGACGGCCUGAACAGGACCUGUUUUCAGUCAGCUUCCAGUUUAGAACUUGGAACCCCAAUGGUCUCCUGCUCUUCAGUCAUUUUGGGGAUAACUUGGGCAACGUGGAGAUUGACCUCAUAGACAGCAAAGUGGGCGUUCGCAUCAACGUCACACAAACCAAGAUGAGCCAGAUUGAUAUUUCCUCAGGUUCUGGAUUGAAUGAUGGACAGUGGCAUGAGGUUCGUUUCUUAGCCAAGGAGAAUUUUGCUAUUCUCACGAUUGAUGGAGAUGAAGCAUCAGCGGUCCGAACGAACAGUCCUCUGCAAGUGAAAACUGGCGAGAAGUACUUCUUUGGAGGUUUUCUGAACCAGAUGAGUAACUCAAGUCACUCUGUUCUUCAGCCUUCGUUUCAAGGAUGCAUGCAGCUCAUCCAAGUGGACGAUCAGCUUGUAAAUUUAUAUGAAGUGGCACAGAGAAAGCCAGGAAGCUUUGCCAACGUCAGCAUUGACAUGUGUGCCAUCAUAGACAGAUGUGUGCCCAAUCACUGUGAGCAUGGUGGGAAGUGCUCGCAAACGUGGGACAGCUUCAAAUGCACUUGCGAUGAGACGGGCUACAGCGGGGCCACCUGCCACAACUCUAUCUAUGAGCCCUCCUGUGAAGCAUACAAACACCUGGGCCAGACAUCCAAUUACUACUGGAUAGAUCCUGAUGGCAGUGGACCGCUGGGGCCUCUGAAAGUUUACUGCAACAUGACAGAGGACAAAGUAUGGACCAUUGUGUCCCAUGACUUGCAGAUGCCAACAACUGUGGUCGGCUAUACCCCAGAAAAAUACUCAGUGACCCAGCUAGUCUACAGUGCCUCGAUGGACCAGAUCAGCGCCAUCACCAGCAGCGCUGAGUACUGUGAGCAGUAUGUCUCCUAUUUCUGCAAGAUGUCCAGGCUGCUGAACACCCCAGAUGGGAGUCCUUAUACUUGGUGGGUUGGCAAAGCCAACGAGAAGCACUACUACUGGGGAGGCUCAGAGCCCGGGAUUCAGAAGUGCGCCUGUGGCAUCGAGCGCAACUGUACAGACCCCAAAUACUACUGCAACUGCGACGCGGACUACAAGCAGUGGAGGAAGGAUGCUGGCUUCUUAUCCUACAAAGAUCACCUACCAGUGAGCCAGGUGGUGGUUGGAGAUACUGACCGGCAUGGCUCAGAAGCCAAACUGAGCGUGGGCCCCCUGCGCUGCCAAGGAGACAGGAAUUACUGGAAUGCUGCCUCUUUCCCAAACCCAUCAUCCUACCUGCACUUCUCCACUUUCCAAGGGGAAACCAGCGCUGACAUUUCUUUCUACUUCAAGACAUUAAUCCCCCGGGGAGUGUUUCUUGAAAAUCUGGGGAACACAGAUUUCAUCAAGCUGGAGCUGAAAUCUGCCACAGAAGUGUCCUUUUCAUUUGAUGUUGGAAACGGGCCAGUAGAGAUCGUCGUGAGGUCACCCUCCCCUCUCAACGAUGACCAGUGGCACCGGGUCACCGCAGAGCGGAAUGUCAAGCAGGCCAGUCUCCAGGUGGACCGGCUGCCCCAGCAGAUCCGCAAGGCCCCGACGGAAGGUCACACACGCCUAGAACUCUACAGCCAGCUGUUUGUGGGUGGCGCUGGAGGCCAGCAGGGCUUCCUAGGCUGCAUUCGUUCCUUGAGGAUGAACGGGGUGACCCUUGACCUAGAAGAAAGGGCAAAGGUCACAUCUGGCUUCAAAUCUGGAUGCUCAGGCCACUGCACCAGCUAUGGAACCAACUGUGAAAAUGGAGGCAAAUGCAUAGAAAAAUACCAUGGCUACUCCUGCGACUGCUCUAACACAGCAUAUGAUGGGACAUUUUGCAACAAAGAUGUGGGUGCGUUUUUUGAAGAGGGGAUGUGGCUGCGUUAUAACUUCCAGGCACCCACAGUCAAUGCCAAAGACGUGAGCAGCAGAGCAGAGAACUCUCUGGAUCAGCAGCACUCAGCCCCAGACCUGUCCCAGGAGCAAAUCCACUUCAGUUUCAGCACCACCAAGGCGCCCUGCAUCCUGCUCUAUGUCAGUUCUCUCACCACAGACUUCCUGGCUGUGCUCGUCAAAUCCUCCGGAAACUUACAGAUUCGGUACAACCUGGGAGGCACUAGAGAGCCGUACAACAUCGAUGUAGACCACAGGAACAUGGCCAACGGGCAGCCCCACAGCGUCAACAUCACCCGUCAUGAGAAGGUCAUAACUCUCAAGCUAGAUCAUUAUCCUUCAGUGAGUUACCAUCUGCCAAGUUCAUCAGACACACUCUUCAAUUCUCCCAAGUCACUCUUUCUUGGAAAAGUUAUAGAAACAGGGAAAAUUGAUCAGGAGAUUCACAAAUACAACACUCCAGGAUUCACAGGCUGCCUCUCCAGAGUCCAGUUCAACCACAUCGCCCCGCUCAAGGCUGCCCUGAGGCAGACGAACGCCUCUGCGCACGUGCACAUCCAGGGCCAGCUGGUGGAGUCCAACUGCGGGGCCUCCCCCCUGACACUGUCCCCCAUGUCAUCCGCCACGGACCCCUGGCAUCUAGAUCACCUGGAUUCAGCCAGUGCUGAUUUUCCAUAUAACCCAGGACAAGGCCAAGCCAUAAGAAAUGGAGUCAACAGAAAUUCUGCCAUCAUUGGAGGGGUCAUCGCUGUGGUAAUCUUCACCAUCCUGUGCACCUUGGUCUUCCUCAUCCGGUACAUGUUCCGUCACAAGGGCACCUACCACACCAACGAGGCCAAGGGCGCAGAGUCUGCAGAGAGCGCGGACGCUGCCAUCAUGAACAACGACCCCAACUUCACAGAGACCAUUGACGAAAGCAAAAAGGAAUGGCUCAUUUGAGGGGUGGCUGCUGGCCGCUGGAUGGGGAGGGGGAUCCCAGGGAGGAGGGAAAAGCGACAAGAGCACCCCGCUUCAUACUCCUGAGCACAUCCUUCAAGUAUCAGCACAAGCUGGGGGUGGCAAACACCGGAAUACUCCUGAGACUGAUCACCACAAACAAAAAUAAUAACUUUUUAAUAUUUCUUUAUAGCUGAGUUCCCCUCCUUCCGUAUCAAAGCAAAAUAAUAUAAAACAUGCUUUUAGAGUCCAAGCAACGGUUGAAAUUUGUAGGUAAUAUCUGUCUUCUUUUGUGCGUGUUUAGAGGUGUUUGGGAAACCCAUGGUAAUAGGGCAAGUUUUCUACAUUUUUAAGAGCCCUUAGAAUGUGGAUAUUUUUUCUCGAGAAAAGCUGAAGUGCAUCCAUACAGCCUCCAACAUUCUCUUCCUUUUGCAUAGAGUCAACUUUUAACAGGCUAUUGUAGUGUUUAGUUUGUGUUCAUAGAUUUUUUUUUUUUUUGGUGUCCUAUAAAUUGGAAAAGAGAAGGAAGGGCCGAGAAGAAACUAUCUGCAGUUUGCAAAGAGACCUGGAGCAGGGCUUGACACCGGCUGUUGAAGAAAGAGUGUGCACUGACAUCUGUCACAGCAGUGUGACCAACUCAGCUGGAGAGAAGCACUAAAGGUCCAGGAGAAGUAACAUAUAUAUCCAUAUAUAUUGGGGUUGUUGAUUUUCCUUUUUUCACUGAAUUCUAGACUGCUGUUCCAUGUAUGUAGUCUUAGCUCUCUUCAAUAUCUGUAACUAUCAGCUACAAUGCCGUGCUGACCAACUGUUAGGAAACACUUUUCCUGUUUUAUCUGUGGGACAUGGGAUGACUUUAUAUAUGUAUGUGCACCUCAAUAGAGAAUGAGAGCCAGACAAUAUGAUUUUUUUCCUGUCUCUUUUAUAGUUGUAGCCAGUGUACAGACACUCCCCGGUGUGUGCACAAGUUAGGUCACACUUGUUGUUUUGCUUUAAAUCUCAAAUUUUUAUGCCCCUGAUAUAAAAUCCUAGCAGACUGUCCUCUAAAUGUCACACUAUAAUAAAGCCGCAUGAUUAUGGGUACUGGUCUGGAAUCCUAUGGGACACUGCUGUACUUUAAAUCAGCUGCCCACGUGUCGUUCCACCAAUAAACACACUGCCAUGAUUCAGAGGUCUUCUGUGACAGACACUUUUGAAUCUCAACUUCAUCGCAAACAUGGCAAUUGGUUGUUGCUUCUCAAGGAACAGACAUUCUAAUCAGUCACCUCCUAGCUUAAUCAGGAGCCUCGGACAAUUUAUUGCAACAAAGAAUUCACCAAUCUUAUUUAAAAAUAAUGGAACCCAUGUAAACAAAUGAAGACAUUGCUUCCUAUUGAGCUAUCCAAAAAAGAAUUUAUUUCAUCAUUGUUUUAAAAAAAAGAUUAUGCAAAAGCAAAAUUUAUUUGUAGAAUGAGCACUAUUUAUGAUCAUUAUACACCAGGCCUCCUAUACUUAAAAACUUUUUUAAAAUUUUGUAGACACCAACAUGUUGAAGAAUUCUGUAUGAUCAAUUCUUUCUUUCUCUUCUUGGAAGGGAUGAGAUUAGGUUAGCAAGCUAUGGAUGUUAUUUUUCUGAUGGUCUGGCUCAAUAAAAUGUGCAUUCUGAUGUGCGAGGAUUACAUAUACACACUUUGCAAGAGUUUCUGUAUGUCCAAUUUAUGGGAGGAUCUCAGUUUCCUGGUACUGGAAAGCCUUUCCCAGACUCACCAAUGGCCCCGUGCACCCAUAGCUGGCAUGUUCCAAAGGAGACAGUGGACAAAUUCGCUCCCCCUGAGUCAAAGUAACAGGACAAAAGAGAAUCCUGACACCAUUUCCCAGUAGUUGGUUCGCUUCAAACACUCUCAAGAACAUCUUCAGUCUUAAAAAGUCUUGAUCAUUCUCCCACAAAACACAUAAAACUGGAGAAAUAUUCAGUGACUAAAUAUCAGAAUAAUGUAAUAUCUACAAAUGACGUACUGAAAGCAAAAGCUAUUUCAUCUCACCAAGGCAACAAAUUUUAAGAUUAUGGAUUUUUGAUGUCUUCAAACCUACUUUACAGUAUACUUUCAUGCUUAACAAAUAAUACCAGAUGGAAAUUUAUCGUUUUCUACAUUGCCCAUGAUAGCUGUAAUUCUAUCUGCAUUAUCUCUGGUCUUUUUCUUUCUUUCCAAAAUGAUUAGGGGAUUACAGCCAUCAAAAAUAAGCCCUGGUUUGGAAAUGUUCUCACCUUUUCUUUCUCUCUCUUUUUUUUUUUAAUUUUAAAGAGAUUAAGACAAAACAGGACAUAACAGAGUAGAUCAGAACAGAACAAUUUAAGCAAAACAGUAUUUCACCAGAAGACAACCCAUAAUUAACAGUAACUACCACAAUGUCUCUUUCUUUGAAAUAGUUGAGUAUAACUUAAUAUACAAUAGUAUCAAACAUAAUAAAAUAGUAUAAAAACAUUCAAGAUAAUGAGAGUAUUACAGGGUUUUCAGAACCACAUAACAGAAAACAAACAAUGGCUACUAUAUUAUCUCAUUUUCCAUAGGAAAUUUGUUUAUACUUUCACACGUAAUACAAUCCAAUAAGGUACAACAUGAUAGAGCCAAUGCAAACAGAAGAGCAAGAGCAUGGUAGGACUUCAGAGUAAGAUGAUAUAAUAUCAUCUCACCUUUUCUUUCUCAUCCCUCUCUUCUUUACUCCUUCCCACCACAAAUGAUACAAAGACACAACCUUUCUCUCGCCAAACGUGCACAGCCCCAACACUGACUGACCUCAGGUGUCAGCUCUGCUUCCCCGUCACCAUCAAAUAAGACACAGAGACAGCGACAAUGGCAGUUUCUCCCCCUGAAGGGGUUACAAUGUAGGCCCCUGACAGGACAUAAACAAUGAGAUAGGGUGGUAACUAAAUUAACUGCCAAGGGGUCCUCUUUUGGGGACCUUGGGCUUCACCAAAAUUUCCACAUCUGUUUACAAAGGCCAUAUGCAAUGCCCCAUAAGUGGUAAAUAAUUUAAUUAUGUGAAGAAGAUGACAUUACCCAAUUUUCUAAUUCUCCAACACUAUAUGACCCAACUGUAUCACUUAGAUCCCCCCAAAUCUUGAGCCUUUAUAUCCCAAUCAACUAAGCACACAUGGGCUAGUGGAGAUAACUUUUUUUAAAACCAAAAAGAGGUUUUAAAACUUCAGUGAACAUUAAUGGCUCGUUUAGGGUUUGUAUGCCAGAGACAUCCUCUCUGUUAAAGCAAGCAUCGAUGUUUUUUCCAAGAAACUAGGAGGAACCAGGCAUGAUGGCACAGGCCUGUAAUCCCAGCACUCAGAAGGCUGAGGCAGGAGGAUCACUGCAAGUUUGAGACCAAUCUGGGCUACAAAGUAAGCUCAAGGCCAACCUAAACUGCAUAGUGAGACCCUAUCUCAGAAAGCCAAAAGAAAGAAAGAAAGAAAGAAAGAAAGAAAGAAAGAAAGAAAGAAAGAAAGAAAGAAAGAAAAAAGAAAAGAAACCAGGAUGAGGGAACUUGGAAUGAAUGAAAGUUCAUAUCACUCUGUGUUCUCAAAAUGCAUAUUCUGUAGAGGUCAAAGACACUAGCCCUGGACAUAGAAGUUAUUUUACUAUUGAAUUAUGCUCUAGCUCAUCUUAUUAUUUAAGAAUACAUUUCUCUCACUUUCAACCAACUGCUUAGAAAAAGGAGUUACUACGAAAGUUUUUAAUGGAGAGCUGGGAACAAUGGUUUAGAGGGCUGUGGGUAGAAAGUUUCCUCUUGUGUUGCACUGAUGAAAAAGCAUAUCCUGCUAACAGGGGCAGGAAUUCAAGGGCAGCAGAGGAAUUACUGGCCUGAGCUGAGGAGUGGACCUUAAAUUCUUGUGGAACAUCUGUCAAGCAGCUGCCAAGCAGGCUGAGCGCAAACUCCAGAGAGUACUUCAGGAAGCCCAUAAAAUAUGAAGUCUUCAGGAAGGGCCAGGAGGAAAUUUCUGUUUCCUUCUGCGAUACGAUCUGUUCUUUCCCCGUCUUCUUCUUCUCCUCCCUCUACCACACCAUCACCUUCUUCAGGGUUCAUGGUCCUUUUUCAUCACGCCUUCAACCAGCUAACACCAGAUGUGAACCUCGUAACAUUUUGCUUUUUCUUUUCCCAUGCCAUCAAGUAGUUUCAAAAAGAAAGGCAGCAGUUAUUAAAGUGAAUUGGAGUCAGCCAGUCAAUAAUAGGUCCUCAAAAUGCUCUUCCCAGGAGAACCACCAGGCCUCGAAAUAGGUGAGAACUGUGUCCACAGCGGAUUCGGGCUAAAACAUCAAUAAGCCCUCUUUUAAAAUGACAUUUUGAUGGCAGUGGACCCCAAGAGUCAGCUGGCAGAGCCCCAAGGCUUUCUCCCUCCCAGACAUUCAGAGAUCCUGGCCAAAUUAACUUCAGUCCCCUUUCCCCUGGUGUUUAAGCUAAAGCCAUUUUGCCUAUAUUAUACGACAGCUUUGCCGUGCCACUGACUCCUAACUACAGAGUACUUCAAAAUCCAAAUACAAAAGCCAAGGUCAGAGGAAUCGGGAGAAGACUGCCCUUCCAGCUUGCAGGUGUACGUCACAUCCAAAGAAAACAGUGUGGUCAUGCCCAGGAGCAUGGACACUUACAGAGCAUUGCUAAAUUAUUCACUGGGUAGACCUCCCGGGAGCCAAUCUGAGAAAUUAGCAUGCAAUUUGUGUGCAUAAAGCCCUGAAUUCCCACCUGGACAUGGCCUGAAGCUCACCUUACCUACUCUUACACAUGCCCUCAGUGCAAUUAGACAGACUUGUAGACAAGCCAACACGAAGUAUGAAAGUGACAUUCUCAUGUGGCCUGGUGGUCCCGUGCCUGCAUUACUGUUUCACCCUGUAUGGUGAUGUUGGAAACUCUAAAGUGAGUUUCCAAUACAGCAGUACUUAAACUCAUCCUCCCAGAAGUAGAAGAACCAUGGUGAGAGAUCAUAAAGAUCUAAAUAGGCACAGCUAUGGUAACAUAGAACCUGCAUUUACAAAUUUAGCUUUCAGGUUAAUGUGUGUGGUAAAGAUGGGCCUGCUGAUGGGGUCUCCACCAUUUCUAGGGCUCAGAUAGUUUACAUGAGAGUCCUUCUGGCUUUCAGCAGACUGAAAAAUGGAAGUUCCACCCAAGCAAGCCAAGAAAUACUUCUCAAGAUCACUGACUCAAAGUUUUAUUUUACUAGUUUUUCUAAUUUUCUCAGUUAGCAUGGCGACUGCAGGGAAGGUUAGAGCUGGGGAAGCCAGGCCAGCUAUUUUCCUGUAAAUUGGGGGAGGACUCCAUCCCUGUGAAAUGACACAAGACUUCACUCUCUAAAAGCAACAGCAUGUAAACUAGAAUGAAAGAGGGAAAUUAUGUAUGUAUGCCUAUUAUUCUUUGUGAAUGUCUUUCAUUUAUCUAAAAUUAUAUUAGAAGCCAGAUUGAUAAAAUAAAAAAUUCAAAAUAGUUUUAAUUAUCCUAAAA